AUGACACCUCAUCGGCGCUGGCAUCGGCUUCUAGGUACCGAGACAGCACUCACGUCCAUUGUAUCGUGUCUCUCCUCUCGUGAAGCUGUUCGUCUAUUGGUCUCCGCACUUGCCGUAGAAAACGAGACGCUUGUAAAGUUUCUCUAUGCCCAUAACCAAGUAUUGUCUCUCGGUGACGCUCAUCAGCGUUUUACAAGCGUUUUACACUGUGCUGCUGCAUACGGAUGUGCUGAAGUUGUUCAGCGUCUCUUACGCUUUCAAUUGAGCUACCGGGGGCUCGGUAAGCGUGAGAAUUGCGGUCAGAAGGGUCAAAAGAGGACCAGGAUCUGGAUGGCUCAGAAGACUUCACCUCAGACAAAAGUCUUGGCUUGGUGUGUUCGUAAUAUCGAGUAUGAGUUUCCAGCUGAGGUCAUGUACGAAGCUGCACGACAAGGCGAUCAAGAUGUGGUCAAGUGGCUACACUGCUGUUGUCAGUACGAGAGAUACAGAGCAAUGGAGUACGCCGGUUCAACCGGGAGACUUGAAGUGGUCAUGUGGCUCUAUGAACAGGGCAAUUCUGUACAAAAUACCAACAAGACAGUAGACGAUGAAGAAGAUGAAGGAGGUGACGACACUUUAGUUGCGGUGCAUAUGGUGCAGCCACUGGAGACGAAGCUACAGGUGUUGAAUUGGGUCGCAGUCUUUCCUCUGCAGAGAUGUUAUCGAGAAGUAUUUGCAUCACGAGCAGGUCUCCUGGCGGAUGUGUUUGAUCAGCGAGACCCUUUGUUAUCGUGGACGGAUGCAGACGCCCUGUCAACGUCUCUGGGUCGAAAACGGUAUCGCGCAUUGGAUACAGCUGCAGCACAAGGGGAUCUGGUCAUGGUGAAGAAGUUACAUGAAGAUGGACGCUGGCCAUGUACGAGUCGCGCAAUGGAUAUGGCUGCAGCUAAUGGACAUUUGGAUAUUGUCAAGUUCUUGCAUGCAAAUCGACGGGAAGGAGGCACAGCAGUUGGUAUGUGCAGUGCCGCAGGCAAUGGCCAUUUAGAAGUUGUGCAGUGGCUGUAUCAACAUCGAAGCAGUGACGGAUGUCGCUCGAUGGUGCUGGAUCUAGCAGCUACGAAUGGACAUUUGGAGGUGCUGCGUUGGUUAGCGCCUCGUUUUCCGCGGUUCUCGUGCUCGCCUGCCUUUUUAUCAAGUGUGGCAGCUCAGGGCAUGAUCAAGACGCUGCAGUAUCUUCAUCGAGAGAUGAGGAUGCCGCUAGAUCGGCGCACACUUGAAGCUGCUAUUGGAUCAGGUCACGUGGAACUUGUCAAGUACAUUGCAGCGCGAGUGCCAAUUGAGAUGAAGUCCACUUUGUCUUGUACAGCUGCAGAGAAGGCAGCUGCAAGUGGUAACGUUGAAUUGCUGGCUUUUGUUGUCGAGCAGCUCAACGUUUGGUCACCGCAAGUACUGAUUGCUGCAGCCUGUACAGGUAAUGUCGCGAUGGCGAAAUGGAUUGAAAAGCGAAUGGACAAGCCUUCCGUUGGAUCGGAGGAUAUCGUGUUGGUGCGAGAGCGGCGAAAUCGUGCUGUGACUUCCAACGCCAUCGACACAAUGCUGCCGAAAUUGUCAUUGACACUUCCACUAGAGCGACGAGUAUCGUUUGAUAGUUGCUCAAUAACGGAUUGUGCCCGGCCGCUCGAUGUCGUCGAUGGCAUUACGCUGUAUCGUUGUGCAGAACUAUGUCACUUUGACAUGAUUGAGUGGUUACUACAGCACCGGUUGGCCAUGCCGAGCUUUACCCAUUUCGUGAAAGAGCUUGAGAUUGUCUCGCAUUCUGCAGCUGGUCGAAGCAUGACUGAUGAGGAUCUACUUGCUGCAGUUGAUACUUCUCGAGGUACUAAUGGAGAAACCAGCGCAGAGUCUUCACUUGCCGCUGGUAUUGCAUUUCCUGCAUUAUCGAGUGCGACUACAACUGGAAGUGACGUGAAACCUGUUGGGAAUGGAGUAAGUAGCCGCAUGACCAGUGUCCGAACACUUACGGAUGACAGGCGGUCUCGAUUUGAUCCUUUUACAUGGGCUUUACCAGCAAAGACGAGUCCGUACUGGCAAACCAAGUUCGUACGUCUUGUUUUACAGUAUUGUCCUGAGAUGUGUUUGCAACUCGAGUGGAUGCCGUUAUGGGCAGCCCAACGUGGAGACCUCUUCGUGUUGAAACAUCUUUAUUCGGUAAAGCAUCCGCAGUUAUUUACAAAGCAGACGUUCACAGCAAUCAUGCGAUAUACCAAAGCGGGGCCCACGCUUCAAUGGUUUCAAACACAUAGUCCGACACUCAUGGGUGACUCUUCGAUCGUGAAAUGGGGCGUGAAGUAUCGGCAAUUUGCAUACCUCACGUAUGUGUUUCUUACCUUCCAGCCCCGACGAACGGAAGGUCGAUUUCGACAGCAUGGAGUCGAGUAUGCUCUCCAGGUAGCAAGUGCAAUGGGUCACCUUGACGUUGUGACAUGGAUCUGUGGAAAUUGCGAGAUCUUCUUGAACGUGCCUGCAGCCGAACUGCAUGCAAAGUUAGGCAGACUGGCGAUCUGGAAAGACGCUCUACUAGCCGCAGCGCAAGCUGGUCAACUUGAAAUUUUAGCGUGGCUGCACGAGAUGUUUACCUUUUUCCAACAUGUGCCCAGCAGUUCUCGUAAGAUGGCGGUUGUCAAGUCUAUGGCGGAUGCUGCUGCUGGAUACGGCCAAUUGCGUGUGCUGCGUUGGCUUCAAGCAGUCGUUGAUCUUCCAAGUACAAAAGAGAAGGACAUCAUAACGGAAGAAGUCCCGUCAUUGGUGAAUGCAUCAACAAGAGUUGAAACGAGCUUCGUUUCGACUGAUGGGCUACUCGAAGCAAUGGUGAACCGUCACGUUGAUGUCGUACAGUGGGUUUGUGCCGUGGACAUUAACCUCGUCAGUCGGCAAACUAUCAAACGACGCGGUGAGCUCGCGACUUUUUUACGAGAAGAGGUGGACGGAUUCGUACCGUCCAAGUUGGGCUGUGUCUUUCCACCACUGUGA